UUCCAGUUUGGAAAGACCUAGGGGACACGGUGGACCUUCAUGUCGCUCAUGAGGAGACCACACCACCAUCCUCCACUCAGGCAGCCGACACACAUCAGGGCGAUGCUCUCAGCUCUGUGAUGUCUGAAUUGACACCAGCUGAUCGAGCCGCCGCUCCCCCAUCUCCUGCGUUAUCAACAGCAGAGGAAGCCUGUCCAGAGGAGAAGGCCAUGGUCAAGGUUGAAGACACUGAGGAGGAGGCGUCUUCAUCUGAUCAUGUGCUUUCUCCAGUGUCUGGUUCAGGCUCUGUCACCAGCUCUCUUACUGAAGGGAGUUCCUCUGUUGUUGAUGACUGGAGUGAGGUUGAGCCCCUCAGCAUGGAACCAGUGCUGUCUCUGCCGUGGAUCGGUGAGGUGGUCUCCAGAGAGGAAAUGAAGCCACCGGCCCCCGUGAAAGAAGGUUUUCCAGAAUGGAAAGACCUCUGGCACACGGUGGACUUCAGUGCAUCUCGUAAGGAGACCACCACACCACCAUCCACAAGUGCAGGCGGCCCACAUCAGGAGAACAUCAAGGACCACGAGACUAAAGAUCUCAAGGCGAGGGCGGAGAUUUUAGUCUUUGAUGUGGUCCGUUUCUCCGGAUGUGGUUAUGUUUCUGCAGAAUUCCGAUUUAAGGUAGGGCGAGCAUUGGUGGACUUUGCCCUGACCUCUGAGGAGGCAUGUAGUCUCGUGAGGAAGACUUUGGACCGGGAGAUGCUCCGUCUUCGUAAAGAAGAGAGUUCGCCCCAGAAAUUGAUUCACCUUUACAGGUUCAUAAAGAGGUAUCCCAUGAUUUUUGUAGGCAUGAAGUGCCAACUUUCUUCAUGGGUCCUCGAGGAUCUUUAUGAUUCAGACCUCUCUUCAGAGGAUGAAUCUGAUGAGGUUGUACCUGCUGCUGCCCCUGCUCCUGCUGACCCUCCAGCAGUGAUCCUUCCCUCUCCUCCUCCUGCACCUGCUCCUGCUGACCCUCCAGCAGUGAUCCUUCCCUCUCCUCCUCCUGCACCUGCACCUGCUCCUGCUGACCCUCCAGCAGUGAUCCUUCCCUCUCCUCCUCCUGCACCUGCACCUGCUCCUGCUGACCCUCCAGCAGUGAUCCUUCCCUCUCCUCCUCCUGCACCUGCUCCUGCUGACCCUCCAGCAGUGAUCCUUCCCUCGCCACCUCCUGCUCCUGCUGACCCUCCAGCAGGGGUUCCACCCUCCCCUAGUGUGUCUCAACCUUCACCUCCAGAUGGAUCGACUGCUCCGGUUGAGACGCCUCAGCCCCAGACGCCUCCACCCUCUCAGCAAACUAGUGCAGAUGAGGUGGAGGAUAUGGAGGUGGAGACUAGUUUACCAGCUCCACCUUCACCUCCGGAUGGGUCAACCGCUCCGGUUGCACCUCCUCAGCCCCAGACGCCUCCUCAGCCCCAAACGCCUCCAUCCUCUCAGCAAAAUAAAGCUGAUGAGAUGGAGGACAUGGAGGUGGAGACUAGUUUACCAGCUCCACUUUCACCUCCUGAUGGGUCAACCGCUCCGGUUGCGUCUCCGCAGACGCCUCCUCAGCCCCAAACGCCUCCUCAGCCACAGCCGUCUUCGUCCUCUCAGCAAACUAGUGCAGACAAGGUGGAGGACAUGGAGGUGGAGACUAGUUUACCAUCUCCACCUCCAUCUCCAGAUGGGUCAACCGCUCCGGUUGCACCUCCUCAGCCCCAGACGCCUCCUCAGCCACAGCCGUCUUCAUCCUCUCAGGUAGAUUGUGAACAUUAUUAGUGUCAAUAUUAAUGAUAAAGAAGUUUCAUGUAAAUGUUUUAAAUCUGAUUUAUUUACAGCAAAAUAAAGCUGAUGAGAUGGAGGACAUGGAGGUGGAGACUAGUU